AUUUAAAAAAAUUUCGUUGCAUACCGGAAGUCGGUUUGGGUGCGUGCAAAGUUAAAAUUUUUUGUUGUUGGUGUAGUUGUUUGUUUGUGUUAAUAAGGGCGGCCGGAACGAGUUAUAAACCGUUUAAUUUGUCGGGAAUCGUUUUAAUUAGUCGGCGCAAAUGAACACGAGUGCGUCGCGAGGUGUGGACGCAAGGGAUGUCGACUGCUUGCAGGCGAACGUGCGCGGCGCGGAUGUAGACACGAACGGGAGACGCGACGACGUGGCCACGGACGCAGCGAUGAAGUCGAAGACCCGCUCGCCACGUGGCAUUGCCCUUCCAUCCAAGUUCAAAGCCAUUGGUCAGAAACGCCCCCUUUACCAUGUGGCUGCCAAACGCAUGGACGUGACCAACAAGGCAAAGACCACGGAGGAGAUAGAGCUGGAGAAGAUUAAGCAGCUGCAACUGGAGCUUAAAAGGCACCGAGAGAUGGCCCAGAAAUCACUACGGAUGGUGCAGCAUAGCUCAGUGCACAUGCCUCUCAAGUCCACGUGCAUGCCCACUCUCCCAGUGGUUUUCAAUUUCCACACGGACGGAAGAAUUAAGCGGCACGCCAUGCAGCAGCCAUUGCUGGGAGCCACACAGAGUACAGACAAAACCCACCGACGUUCAAAAAACAGCUUUGCUGCGGCAAAGAGUUUGCAGCAAGCGAUGUCCAGUCGGCUGGCUGGAGGCUUGCCUGUGUUGAAGAGAAAACGUGAAGGAGAUGAUGCAGGUGUAGCCACCAACUCCUGCAUGUCUACACGGUUGAAGUCAAGGAUGACAGCACCACAGACAAGUGAGCCAAACGUGAAAAAACUGAAAACCAAUGCCACCAGUCAACGAAAUGCACCGCGAAAAGUACAGUCGGUUCAACCUCUGGCCAAACGAGCUUGUGUGCGGAAAACCACAAACAGCAGAAGCACAGUGUCUCGGGGAGAGGAGAACACCAGGCCAGCCCCUUCAACUCAGCACCCUGUGGUACCGGUGACGAAAGCCGGGCAGCCGGGUGGCUCGAGACCUCCGCCUCGUCCCCUUGGUCUGCACUGCUUGAACUGGAAGACAAAGAGUCGAGCAGGGCCUCCGGGCAAGAGUGCGGCUAAGAUUGCACCAGCAGACAAGCUGCAGUCGAAGGUACACAAGGCCAACCCUGUACGACGUUACAAGAAAGUGGAGGUGAUGGGCAGUGACAAGCCUCUCACCAGCCCAGUCUCUCCAAGAUUCUCUACUCGUUUCAACAAAUGAACAUUGCUUGCAUUUUUAACACUUAGGCUUUCGCGACCAAUAUUAUUCAUAAUAAAGGCUUUUGGGUUAGAUCGCGUUUUUCCUAAAUGUGUCGUAACCCUCCACCACCCGACACGGC